AUGAGCCGUAAAGAGGAAUUUUUAGAAGAAGACCUAUAUGAAUUUGAGAAAAAUAACAAGAAGAUUCGUCAAAAAGUAUUAAUAGAGACCACAGGUCAUACUAAGAUAAGAAAGGGUGGAACAUUAUCAGAAACUAUGGAUCCUUUGCAAGUCGAAGGAGUCAAAAAUCUACUCUCAACUCUUGAUACUUUUUUGGAUAAUACAUCUAUAACAUCUCUUAAUAAUGAUGAAAGUUUUGUGCGGUUAUAUAAAUAUGUAGUGCUGCAAUUGAUAGACAUUAUAUGUGUUGAUUCAUCUUAUAAUAAUGCUUCAUAG